CACUGCUACGCGGUGAACACGAAAUACACCGAACAUUUUAUUUUCAAGUUCACUGGAAAUUUACACUGAGUUAGAGCCUGUUCUCAAUCUUCUGGUUAUUGUGCUGUGAUAGUUUUUGUAUCUAAUCGUUAACAGCCCAACGCACUUUCAUUAGACUCCCCCAGAUUCUUGUAUGCACAGCAUACAAGCACAUAAAGAACAUGUAUGUAUCUGUCAUUUCGGUCGCCCACUGCCUUUUCCAUCCAUCAAUCAAGGUAUCUUGCGAACGCCGAUAGCGCUACAGGUUCAAUUGCAAAUUCAUAGAGGACCCGGUCUUAUCGACCCACCAUGGCCAAUGUCGCUCCAAUGGGUGGCUUCAAGAAGCGGCGACUUGCCAACGCCUGUGAUAUAUGUAAAGCAAAGAAAAUUCGCUGCGACAGUGCCAAAAUGCCUGGGAACGUUUGCUCAAACUGUAGGGCAUUUGGAUCCGAAUGCACACAUUCUUUGUCCACUGCAAAAAAGAAGAGAGGCACGGAAGUCCCAUCAGAUAGCCAAGAUUCUCGCGCUCAAGCCCCACUCAUUUACAAGGACUCGGAUACCGAAGAUGGUCACGAAUUCGCAAAAUCCCAAAUCUCCGACAUCUUAUCCACUUUGGCUGCAUACGAACUUCCAGAUGAUUCGGACAAGAUCCUCAAAAUCCUUAUCGAGAUCGCCUCAUAUGCCCGUUCGCUUGAAAUCAAGCUUGAAAAACAGAGCAACUCUAGUGUGUAUCCCUUGCAUUCCGUACCCAGUACGCACGUCGAGCAGGACUACCUACACGUGGAGAUGGAGGUCUCCGACACGAUUAUACGUCUGGAACGUCUUGGGGUGCAAGAUAGCUUUUUUGGUAAAGAUAGCCAGCUUGCAUUGGUCAAGGCAGCGAUGAGUGUCAGAAACGAAUAUACCUCUGAAGAAAGGACAUUAGGAUCGAAAAGACCAGAAUUUUGGGAGGUUUUUCCAUGGCAGGAAUUGCACGACACGACUUCGUACGACCUUCCGCCUCUAGUAUUUCCCGAUCCCGACCUUCUCAGUCAUCUGGUCGAUUUUUACUUCGACAAACGCAAUACAUUCAUGCCCCUCCUGCACCGAGCUACUUUUGAUAAUGGACUACGAAAUGGGUUGCAUAAUGUCGACCGGGAUUUUGGAGAGCUUGUUUUGUCAGUAUGUGCAUUGGGGGCUCGGUAUUCCGAUGAUCUGCGAGUCUACGCGGAUGUGAAAACGAAACACAGCCUUGGUUGGCCAUACUUUAGUCAGAUCGUCGUCUUGCAAGAUUUGACUCGCACCAGUGCGCUGUAUAGAGUGCAAAUCAUCGUUAAUGCCGUGAUGUUUUUACAAUCGACAUCUAUGCCUGGGCUUUGUUGGCCUAUACUUGGUCUCGGUGUUCGAUUCGCACAGAUUGUAGGGGCUCAUCGUCGAAACUUCUUCGGGCCCACACCAACAAUCGCUGGCGAGCUGUGGAAACGAGCGUUCUGGUGUCUCGUAUGUAUUGAUACAUUCAUGAGCUCCUUCCUUGGACGACCAAAGGCUACUAAUCCUGCAGACUAUGACCUUGACUUCCCUGUAGAUUGCGACGACGAAUACUGGUUACAACCAGGCGAACGAGCUUUCCAACAACCGGUCGGAAAACCUUCGACCGUCUCAUCCUGGAUACAUUUUCUGAAACUGUUGGAUAUAUUCGGACUCGCGCAACGUAGCAUAUACGCUGUUAGAAAACCUGAACAGUGGACUUCAAAUGCCUCAUGGGAUGAGAAUAUAGUGGCAGAACUUGACGUUGCAUUAAAUAAAUGGGCAGACACGGUGCCUGAACAUAUACGAUGGGAUCCACAUAGGCAAGAUCCCCUCUUUUUUGCGCUAUCGGCAUCUUUAUAUACUUGCUACUACUGGGUUCUCAUUCAAAUCCACCGUCCUUUCAUAUUUGUUCCCGGGAAAGGAAAAGGCUCAGGCAUGAAGUACUCAUCUCUCGCUAUAUGUGCGAAUGCCGCUCGUUCCUGCGUGCAUGUCUUUGGUCGGCUUCACUCAAGGGAUGGUGAACAUGGAUAUCCGAGUACCCAUGUAGCGCUUUUUAAUUCUGCUAUCGUUCUACUUUUGAAUUUAUGGGGCGGAAGACAGUUGGGGUUAGCAACGGAUCCAAUAAGGACAAUGGCAGACGUUAACAAAUCUCUUCGAAUAUUAAAGACCUACGAAUCGAUAUAUCAGAAUGCUGGACGAAUGUGUGAUAUCAUAUCGGAGCUAAUUUCUGCAAGUAAUGCAGCUUCGCCACCAGCCACAGUUGAACAAAUCAGUCGGACUUCCAAACGUCGCCAGCGCGAAAAUGACCCCAGCGAUGGGGAACACCCGUCAUCUUCUGCUUUGGGUGAUCAUUUUUCAACCAUGGUAGAUUUACCAUCGAUUACUUCCAUAGCAGGCUCUAGCUACUCGAGCAGCAUGUCAUACUCCUCCGGAAUUCCCGCGUCCGCAAGGGAAAUUCCCCUGGGUUCAGAAGCUCUCGUCCCCGAAGCAACGCUCAAUGUGACACCUGACUUGGAUUUUAGCGAAGGGCUGCCUCUGCGUACCGAGGAUUUAGGAAAACUCCCUGUACAUUUCCUACCUAGCAGUUAUGCCAACUCUGAGGCGCAAGCUCCUGCAUACCCCAUGCCUGUCCUUAGUGAAGGCUUCCAGUAUUCUGGCUUCGAUUCACAGCCUAACGAUCCCCUAGGAUCCACGGGUAUACCAUUUGGCAUAGAUAAUUCCUUCUGGGGACCCGGAACUGCACCCGCCCAUGCGGCAUUAGCUAUGUUCAACAAUACGCCCGGAGGAGAUCAAUGGGACGAUUGGGGAACGUAUAUAGCGAAUGUCGAUGAGCUGCUGCGAUCUUUGGAUCCACAGUCGUAAUUCGAGAUGCAGACGCACUUUACUGCAGUACUGCUGUCAAAUGGUGCUUUAUCAUCAUGGAUGAACCAGUUGCUCACCUUGAAACAGAAACAGCACAAACCGGAAAUAU